AUGGCGGAGGCGAAAAUAUUGUAUGCAGUGAGAAAAAUGGCCGAUUUACUGAUCGAUGCGAAUUUGCUACAAGGAGCCGAGGAGCAGGUGAAGUUGCUCAAAGACGAGCUCCAAUGCAUGCAGCGUUUCGUUCGAGACGCCUCGAAAAAGAAAGACAGAGAGGAGAAGAUCCGUGGAUGGUUAUCCGACGUCGCUGAUGUCACACACGAUGCCGAUGCCAUCAUCGACGCCUUGUUUCUCAAAGUCGAGACCGCAAAAAGAUGCAUCGAAUCGCGGGGAGAAUUGGCUUACAUACCAAAGCAUCCCUAUACCCUGAUCGCGAAACAAAUCGAGCUUCUCCGGUCGAAACUCCGAGACAUUGAAAUCGCCCGCGAGAGGUACGGGAUUCAAGAUUUAGUUCGUGAGGAAACGGAGCAGUUUUGGCGGGAGCUACAAUUUUCGGUCCGGCAAAACGACAAACAGUUGGUGGGCGUUGAGGAAGACGUGGAGCUUCUGCUCCGGAAAGUGAUCUUGGAGAAGACGGAAACCCUUUCCACUACCGGCAUUGUCGGAGCGGUCGGGAUCGGAAAGUCAACUCUCGCCCGGAGAAUAUACGAGCUCGCGGUUGCGUCAAAACGAUACGUCAAGUGUGUAUGGGUAGCGGUUUCCGGCGAAUCCAUGACACCGAAAGACGUGAUCAAGGAGGUGAUACUGAAUUUCUUGAACCCGUUGCAGGACAAACUAGAGGAGGCGAAGAAGCUGGAAGAACUGCCAUUGUCGGGAAUCCAACAAGAACUUCAGGACAGCGUCGAGGGUGCACAACUUUUCUUAGUUCUGGACGAUGUUCGGCAAGAAGCGCAGUGGGAAUCUAUUGCAACUGUUUUCACCAGUGAAGGUAACUUCAACUUGUCUACUUAUAACUUCUGUUUUCACCUCUCAAAAUUAGUUGUUAUUCGGACAGACAAAGGAAGUGCACUGUUGCUUACAAGUCACAACGAGGAUAUUGUAAAGCAUGCUGGUUAUGUUCAUGAGAUGAAAACUUUAGACCCCAAUAAAAGCUGGGAUUUGUUUACGAACAAGGCGUUCAUCGAUCGCGUCGACGGCGGUAAACUUCCGAAAGAUUUGGAUAUUAUCGGGAGAGAGAUCUUGAAAAAGUGCGACGGUCUACCGUUAGCAAUCGCCUUGGUAGGAGGCCUUCUACGCGACAAGAAUCCAUCCAAGAGAAAAUGGGACAAUGUUUUGAAUGAUAUGAACACUAAUUUGGGAAGUAGUAGUAUUUUAUCGACAAUCUUGGAAUUAAGUUAUCGAGAUUUUCCCCCUCAACUCAAGUCGUGUUUUCAGUAUCUAGGCUUGUUUAAGGAACGCGUUCCUAUCCGUGCCGAAAAGUUGGUGCAAGUGUGGAUUGCGCAAGGUUUAGUGGUCGAACUCGAAGAAGAAGAAGAAGAAACGAAAGAGGAGAUAAGUAGGGGCUAUUUGGAUGAGUUGAUCAAUCGAAACAUGGUACAAGUCCACGAUUUCAAUACCGACGGUCGAGUGAAAAACUGUUGUAUUCACGAUCUUGUCCGUGAGCUAUCGAUCACAAAGGCAAAGAAGGAAAUAGGUUUGGACAUCCUAAAGGAGGACGGGAAAACCCAAUCGUUGUCGGGUAAACCUCAACGACAUCUUGCUAUAUACGGUGGCGGCGAUCAAAGGUCCAUUUUUAACUCCAAGAAUAUUAAUCAAAACGAGACACAUGUUCUCUCUCUUUUCUUCCACGGAGUUAGCAGCUUCCUUAUCGACAAUCCGUCGUAUUUGAAAAGCUUCGAACUCCUUAAGAUACUCGACUUUGAGGAUCUUCCUUUGAAAAGCGUGCCCGACACGAUUGGAUUGUUGAUUUCGUUGAAGUACUUGGGAUUAAGAAACACGAAGAUAAAGAGUCUCCCGGAAUCAAUUGGGAGACUCAAGAAUCUUGAGGUUCUUGAUGUAACAAAAGUUUACCAAGUUGAAGUGGAUGACGUGCUAUGGGAAAUGGAGAGCUUACGUCAUAUACACGGCGAAAAUAUCUACUCCGAGUAUCUACUGAAAACGCACACUCUUAAGAAUCUCCAGACACUGGGAUACAUCUACGUCGAAAAUUUGAUCCCCGCGCACCUCAUAAAAAUGAAGAGUCUCCGUAAAUUGAGCUUGUGGAUCGUCGUUAGUUUAAACUUUGACGGGAUAAGAUUCUAUCCGUUAUUGGAUAUGCUGGAGAAUCUUGUUUGUCUAGAGAUUAAAUGGGGUCCUUCGAGCACGGUUAAAUCAUUGGAGCUGAAUGGGCUCGAUAUCCUGCAACGCGUGACUAAACUUAAACUGUCCGGUGUGAUGAAAAAGUUGCCACGCGCGAAUGAAUUGCCGCCAAAUCUUUCAUACUUGACAUUAUCGAGAACUUGUCUGUACGAAGAUCCGAUGCCGGAACUUGAGAAGCUGUCCAAGUUGGUGCACCUUAAGCUGGAUUGUGCGUAUAUUGGUCGUGGAGAUAUGGUGAUCUCGGAAAACGGGUUCCCGAAGCUCCAGACGCUGCUUCUGUACAGAAUGUGGGACUUGAAGAAUGUGCGGGUCGGAAAAGGUGGAAUCCCCGAUCUCAAAAAACUGAUGAUACGCGAAUGCAACAAAAAAUUGGGGACGGGUUUUUCGGAAGAGUUGCGGUGGGUGACUACUUUUCUCCAGGAGAUAAUAAAAACUAAUUAAUAUAUAUACGUGGUGAGAUUAAUUUAAUAAGUUGGAAACCUUCCACAUUGUUGUAUUGUAAUAAGCAGUAAUCGUGUUUAUUGUAAUAUACGGGCACUCUUUUCCUUGUUUUGGUCGACAAGGUUUUUAACGAGGCCCUCCUGUACCCUUCAAAGUUUAAUGCAAUAAACAUAUUUUUUUCGGCCCAAAAAGAAUUCCUUGUAAGCAUUAAUCGAGUCUGAAUUUCCAAUAACUGACAUAUAUAGAGCCAGAACGAAUCGAUUCAAUCAACCUCGAUCCAUGGUAAUGGUGUUUCGGUGAGACGUUGGCAUGGAGUAUCUUCACUAAAGUAAGGAAAAAAGUGACUUUGAUCUCGAUUUUAUCUUAUUUAUGUACCAUAGAGUAGUUGUGUAAAAUAAAUUAAGUUGUUCGGGUAAGGCGUCUACUCGCGAGGAAGAAGCGCGAGUAGGAACUCGGGGCAUCACAAAAGCAAAUA